AUGAAAUCCAUCUCGGGGUCUCGGAAGCCCUACAGAGGGCUCACACGAAGUCUUGUUCUCGCGCUUGAUAUCGGGACAACGUUCAGCGGCGUUUCGUAUGCGAUCCUCGAGCCAGGAGAGGUUCCACAGAUCCACGGAGUAACUCGAUUCCCGGGGCAAGAGCAUGUUGCAGGGAAUUCCAAGAUCCCCUCGAUCAUGUACUACGAUUGGGAAGGAAAGUUGAGGGCGGCAGGUGCGCAAGCGGAUAAUGCUUCUGUCGUUGCACAAGCAGAAGAUGAAGACUGGAUCAAGACCGAACUCUUCAAGUUACGCCUGCGGCCACGCACUAUGAAGCUCAAGCUGAACGGGAUGCGAUUUGCACCGCUCCCACCGGGCAAGACUGCCGUGGAUGUCUUUGGCGACUUCCUGGCCUACCUAUUCCGCUGUACGCGCGAAUUCAUUGUCGACACGCACGCAAACGGACACGCACUAUGGCUCGCCGUCGAGCAAGAUAUUCAGUUCAUACUCAGCCACCCCAACGGCUGGGAGGGGGCACAGCAGACCAAGAUGCGCAGGGCAGCUGUAUACGGCGGCCUUAUCCCUGAUACGGAUGAGGGCAAGGCGAGGAUUAGAUUUGUCACCGAGGGAGAGGCAAGCUUGCAUGCAUGUGUGCUGAAUGGUCUUGCCGCCGAUAAUCCAUCUGGUCGUGGCUUCAUAGUUGCAGACGCCGGAGGCGGUACACUUGACAUCAGUUCGUACGCAAUACGUGGAACAUCCCCUCUUGUGAUUGAGGAAAUUGCUCCUCCAGAUUGCGUGUUCUCUGGGUCCGUGUUUGUCGGUCGACGUGCAAGGGCCUUGUUUGAAGGCACGGAUUCUAAAUAUGGCACGCCAGACUCGUUAGACCACAUGACGAAGCGGUUCGACGAGACAACCAAGCGGCUCUUCAGGGACGACAAAGAAAUGCAGUUUGUUCCUUUUGGCUCACCGCUGGACAAAGAUAUGUCCGUGGGCAUUCGUGGCGGCCAGCUGAAGUUGACCGGAGCUGAGGUCGCAGCUCUCUUUGAGCCAUCGAUACAGGCAGCAAUUGAUUCUAUCAGAGCACAGAUCGAUGCGUCCGGUGGAACAAUCAAGUCCGUCUGGCUAGUUGGAGGGUUCGCAGCAAGCCCGUGGUUAUUCAGCCAACUACAGGAGAGGCUGGCUCCGUUCCACGUUACUGUCAGCAGACCAGAUAACCAGACCUCUAAAGCAGUGGCGGAUGGCGCGAUCGGUUUCUAUUGCGACCAUCAUGUGUCUGCGCGCAUAUCCAAGUUCAUAUACGGGGUGGAAUAUCUUCGCGAAUUCAAUGCGAACGACCAAGAACACAUUUCCCGGCAGCAUCGUCUGUUUGAGAUGCCAUCUGGUCCGAGGCUUCUACCGGAUGCUUUUGAUUGCAUCCUGGAGAGAGGUCAGAAAGUAAGAGAGUCCUCGGUGUUCAGCCGCAAGUACUGCACCGAGGUGACAAAGCUCUCGACACUCUCUGUCUUCGAGGUCGAGAUCUGGUGUUUCAGAGGUGGGAACACGAUUCCGAAGUGGAUCCUUCGCAACACUGAGGACUUUUCUACACUAUGUCAUGUGCGAGCGGAUCUUUCGCCGCUAGCUUCGAGCGCGCACGGGGAACAGGGCAAGAACGGGAAGAUGUACUGGACCAUCGUUUUCUAUAUCGAGAUCCACUUUGGAUUGACGGAAUUCAGGGCCAGAAUCAAAUGGACAGACAAUGUGAGUCACAAUCUUACUUUUGAAUGA